AGCUGCAACGCUAAAGCGAUCACCCAUUGUGCCACUAUUGGACUUCAGUUUGUGGCAAAUAUGGGCAAGUGGUUGGGCUGUGCUGGACACCCAUGUGGCGGUGCCCCAUGCCCCAGAUUGAUCUUUACAGGAGCCGAAUGGAACAACUGCUGGGGAGAAGUGUUUCAAAUAUACAGGGCCCUUGGUCCUGGUGCCAUUCAGUCUGGAGAUUUCGUUGGUCUCUACUACGGUCGUACUAGACAAUGGUUUUCACUUUCUGGGAACAGCGGCCACACUGAAACCUGCCCUGGAAGUGUUGACCCAGUUACUGGGUUUGAUCAUCUCCACAAGUGGUUCAUUUGUGGCGGGGAAGUUUUCCGGAUAUAUGCCUAUGGAAAAAAUGAUGGAGCUGCUCUAGACGAGGAAGAUGAUAUUGUGCUCUACUACCCAGCAGGUGGCUCCUACGCUAGGUUCCCAAGUAAUGGA